AGCCUUCGGUGUAUAAACAACGAUACAGGAUUAUAAUUGUUGUUGUGCAGUGUUUUGUGUUGUGGAGACGUGCUAGUGUCGCCCGCUUUCGGAGAUGGUGAUCCUAACCCGUCGCGCGGACAUGUCAGACGGGCCGGCCGAGUGGGACAUCAACGACGCGACGGUGCCCCGGAUAACCAGCUUCGACCAGUUCGGCGAGUGGUGCGACGGCCACGUGCGCCGCGUCUACCCGCCCGCCUGCGAGGAGGCCCGCCGACACGCCUCCGGCUGGGCCAUGAGGAACACCAACAACCACAACGCCCUGAUCCUCAAGAAGAGCUGCCUAGGAGUGCUGAUAUGCUCCCUCCGGUGUCGCUUACCCGACGGCUCCAGGGUGCAUUUGAGGCCGGCGAUAUGUGAUAAAGCCAGAAAAAAGCAGCAAGGUAAACCAUGUCCAAAUCGACCGUGUAAAGGCAGACUCGAGGUCCAACCGUGCAGAGGCCAUUGCGGCUACCCCGUCACACACUUCUGGCGGCACACGGACCAGGCCAUAUUCUUCCAGGCCAAGGGCUCCCACGACCACCCGAGGCCGGAAGCGAAAGGAGCUAGCGAAGUGCGAAGAUCUCUCGGAGCGGGGAAGAGAGUCCGAGGCCUGGCUCUGCUCCUAGCGAGAGAGACGACCUUAGACGAAAAGAUGCUGCAAGCGAAGCCCGACAGACAAAUAUCACAGAAAUUCAACGUACACGUCCAACCGCCGCCGCUCAUACACGAUAACCAAAGAGGUCUAACCUGCACCUGCGGGCCGUUCGAAUGCACGUGCCGGUGGCGCGACCCGCAGGCGAUGGAGGCGUACCCAGCGCCCGCGUGGACGCCCACCGAACUCGACUACGCCUAUCCGCCGCCCCCGCAGCCCGCCAACCCCACCCCCCUCUACGACCCCGCGCUGCCCGGCGACGACAUCUUCCACCCGGAGGAGAUAUUCCAGCUCGACCAGCCCAUCCGGCUGGACUUCCCCGGGGAGGAGAGCACGAUGGACUCCCAGCCGACCUUCGCGGAGCUGAGCUGCGAGAACUCCCGACCCGAGGAGUCGUACUGGUACGAGUGGCAGCGGGCGCCGGCCGAGUCGGAGUCGAGUGCCACCGCGUCCCCCGAGCUGCUGGGGAGCGGCUACCACCAGGCGGACGCGUACGGGCAGCAGACGUUCGCGGCGCAGGGCUACUACCCCGAGGAGGCGCAGUACUACCCGAGCGAGAUGCGCGACCCCUCCCCGGCCGCCGCGCCGGACCACAGGUACUACCAGCGGUACCAGGACUGCGCCCAGACCGACGUCGACGCGCAGGGCUGGGGAUACGCGGACUGCGGCUUCCCGCAGACCAUGAGCGACUGCAAGCAGUACUAUAGUGUCCAGCAGAGCCCCGAGGACGCCUUCGGCGCGCUGUUAUAA